CGUCAUAUUGAAAAAGCAAUAGAAACCAUUACUUUGUUUUCUCACCACAACCCCGACACACUCAUACAUAUUUUGUCUUCCCUUCGUCCGUGUAAUACAAAUUGUUAUUUUCGUUUUCUCUGCCUAAAACUAAAACCCCUCUUCUUCAACCAAAAAACCUCCACAACCCCACAACCAUUCUUGGGAUCACAGCGCUUCUCAAACGCGCAAACCCUUCAAAACCCAUCUCCAACAGCUUCAAAUAUGACUGCCCUUUUCGCCAGGAACGCUAAUAUCCAGCGCCUUUUGAGAAAACAUUCCAUCUCUGACAUUCUCGUUGACAACCCCAUUGGAACUACCUCCAAUUUUCUCAGGAACCAAACGACCUCCUCCAGGUCCAACGGUCGUUUCCCUGAUUUUUUUAGGAAAGCCAGAGAAUAUGAUCUCUCCCCGUCUUCUCUUUUCACCUCCACUUUCUCUUCCUCGUCCGCCGCCGCUGCUGCUACCAAAGAGGCUGGGAUUGUGGGUUGGUAUUUGGGAAUGAUCAGGUGUCGGCCUAUUCUCACCAAGAGUGUCACCUCUGCGCUUAUUUAUACUGCGGCUGAUUUGUCUUCUCAGACGAUAUCACAAAAGUCGUCGGAAUCUUAUGAUCUUCUAAGGACAUUACGUAUGGCUGGAUAUGGGUUGCUAAUUCUGGGACCAACACUACAUUUUUGGUUCAACUUCAUGUCGAAACUCUAUCCAAAGCGUGAUUUAUUACCCACAUUGAAGAAAAUGGCCAUGGGGCAGAUGCUAUAUGGGCCUGUAAUGACAGUUGUUUUCUUUUCCACAAAUGCACAUUUACAAGGUGAAAACGGUGCAGAGAUUGUUGCGCGACUAAAGCGAGAUUUGCUUCCUACAAUGAUAAGUGGUGCAAUGUACUGGCCCCUAUGUGAUUUUAUCACGUUCAGAUUCAUCCCUGUCCAUUUACAGCCAUUGGUGAGCAAUUCAUUUUCAUAUCUAUGGACUGUUUAUAUCACAUACAUGGCCAGUCUGGAGAAAGCAGGCGUGACAUCCAGCUGAUUAUCCUACUGUUCCAGUUCACCAUAGAUCGUGUUGUAGGUGGAACUUUUGUCUGCACAGCCCUGGUGGAAGUUGCCGAUUGUAGAAAUACAAAGGAUAUAUCCUCAGGGUGACGGCACAAAUUUUGCUAAUUCGACAUCCACAGCCAUAGAAUAGUUGGAGCAAAUUUAUGUUCCACUCAACUUGGGAGUGGCAAUUAUUUUUGGUUGGUGUUUUAGUGUUAAUUGUACAGCACACUGGGGAUCAUAUAUAGGUGAACUGCAAUUAAGGGUUCUGUAAAGCUUGGAUCUGCAUUUGUUGCAGAAACUCAGUAAAGAAGCAUUUAGAUGUACUUUAAUGAUCAUAUCUUUUCUAAACUUUACCUGCGCGUUACUUUCA